AUGUUUGACACUAGCGGCCCCGUCGCCGCCCCUAUCGGCCCCGUCGCCGACCCUAGCGGCCCCCUCGCCGCCCUUCACAGCCCCCCUUCAGCUGCCAAGUGGCCGAACCACCGAGCCGCCGAGCCGCCCAGCCGCCCAGCAGCCGCGCCGCCCAGCAGCCGAGCCGCCCAGCAGCCGAGUCGCCCAGCAGCCGAGCCGCCCAGCAGCCGAGCCGCCCAGCAGCCGAGCCGCCCAGCAGCCGAGCCGCCCAGCAGCCGAGCCGCCCAACAGCCGAGCCGCCCAGCAGCCGACCCCAACCAGCCAAGCCGCCCAGCUGCCGAGCCGCCGAGCCGCCGUCGAGCCGCUACUAUUCCUACCAGCGUGCACCCGCCCUUCCCACCCGGACUGGGUCGUGCUAUUGACUUUGAGGUCUGGGUCGAUGACCUCCAGCUCUUCCUACAGUGCGAUAGGGCAGAUGGACUCUCCCUGUUUGAUCUCACCUCUAGUGCCUCUCCUGCCCCGCCUGCUACUGCUUACAGCACUGUUUGCUCACAGUGGGCCACACGCGAUGUUGCUGCCCGUCUUGCUGUGCGUCGCCACUUACCGACCGUUGAGCUUGCGCACUUUAGUCAGUACAAGAGUGCUAAGACCUUGUACGACGCUGUAGUUGCACACUACUCUUCCCCUGCCACUGCUGCUCUUAGCCGCCUCAUGCUGCCAUACCUGUUUCCUGACUUUGCUGCCUUUCCCACAGUCGCUGACCUCAUUACGCACCUUUGCACUAGUGACACUCGCUACCGCGCUGUGCUUCCUGCUGAGUUCUGUGCCAAGAACCCUCCCCCCAUGUACAUCACCCUCUACUACAUAGUCACCCGACUCCCUGACUCCCUUCGCUUAGUCAGGGACUACUUCCUCUCACUUUGCCCCACCACACUCACCGUUGACCUCCUCGAGGAGCGCCUCCUAGCAGCAGAAAAGAGCAUAGUCGCUAUAGGAGCCUCUCGUGGUGACCCUCGUACCCCCGUCUUUGAGAGGUGUUCCCCCUCCCCCCUCUUGCCCUCUGUUGCUUCUGCUGCUGUGGCCGACCUCGUUGGUUUCGAGUCAGUCGGCGCUGCGUCUGCCCCUAGCGAGAGACGCCGCACAGGCAAGGGCAAGGGGGGCAAGGGCGCUGGAGGGGCUGGCGGGGGCGGUUGA